UCAUAUUAUGUGCAUAUAUAAACUGUAACGACAAGAACUUUCCGAUAUAUCCUCCAUGAAUCUCUUCAAACUCCAUCAUCCUCGUCAAACCUUCACUCUCCAAAUUUCCCAAAUUACCCCUCCCCAACCCCCUCUCUCUCCUCCUCCUCACUUUCUCUCUCUUCCACUCUCUUCGAUUUAUCAACCUAAACUUGCUCACAGUUUCAAUCUCUAUUCUUCUCCGGUUCUUUCUUCAGUUCCCGCAAUUUCUCUCUCCAAACCCAAUUUCAGGUUCAGACAUUUUAGGGUUUCAGAAACUGAAGCUUCAACUUCAGUUUGGAGCAAUGAAGAGGAAGAGAACAUCGGUUCGACGGAGCUCGAGGACUUGGCGUCGGACGGUGCCGUUUACCAGAAGACUCUCAGAUUGGUGGAGUGUUCGAUGUUCGCUGCUGUCUCCGGAUUGGCGUAUUUCUUGAGCAACUCGCUUGCAAUCGAGAAUUACUUUGGCUGUUUCUUCUCAUUGCCAAUAGUAAUCUCCUCAAUGAGAUGGGGUGUCGCAGCUGGCAGAAAAACUAUGGUAGCGACAGCUACACUAUUACUUGUCUUGUCUGGUCCAGUGAAAGCAUUAACCUAUUUGCUUAUGCACGGGUUAGUUGGUGUCACCAUGGGUUCUUUGUGGAGGUUGGAGGCAAAUUGGAGUCUCUCAGUCUUCGUUUGCUCAUUGGUCCGAGCUAUGGGUGCCAUGGGGUAUGUUUUAGUAUCAUCUUUCUUAAUAAGAGAGAACAUACUUGCCUUGAUUACUAUAAACAUUCAUGCUUCUCUUACAUAUAUUCUGACUGCCUUAGGCUUCAAUUCCAUUCCAUCAAUGGGAAUGAUAUAUGCCAUUUUCGGGACGCUACUAUUGCUUAAUUGUGCUUCCUUUGUGUUCUUGCUACAUAUAUUGUAUGCUGUGUUCUUUUCGAGACUUGGGAUGAAGGCUUCAUUGACACUGCCAAGAUGGCUGGAGAAGGCAAUAUAAGUGUUUUUGCCUGAAACGGUCAUUUCUCUAUCACGAUGUGUACCGUCGUCUGUGUGCUACAGUACCAUCGUCCAAAGACAGCUGAAGAUUCAACAAUCAUCUUUUUGAUACCAUCACUGUGAUAGUGUGAUUAUUUCUCGACUGACGACUCAUACUGAAUCGCGUCUCCAGAAUGCUGAAUGUUCAACGAAAUUUUAACCAAUAUCAUAGAUUUCUGAGAUUCAUUUGUAUUUUACAUGUAAAACUUUGAUUUUGAUUGUACAUGAAUUAUACAUUCUUAUGAUAACAAGGAAUGAUUUAAUGGAGUAA